AUGCGACCGCGAGCGCAAACAAACGCCACAAGUCCUUCUUCGUCUUCUGCUACCAAAAAAGUUGCGACUAGGGAAGAAUGGGAGAAGAAACUUGGCGAAGUGAAAAUAAGUAAAACCGAUUUGAAUAAUCUAGUAAUGAAUUACUUAGUGAUCGAAGGAUACAAAGAUGCCGCAGAAAAAUUUAGUCAAGAGUGUGGCCUACAACCAAAUAUUGAUUUUGAAUCGAUACAAGAUCGGAUGAAUAUUCGAAAUGCGAUACAGAAUGGAAAUAUUUUAGACACAAAUCCAAAACUUUACUUUCAUCUCCAACAACAACGACUGAUCGAAUACAUUCGUCAAGGUAAAACAAGUGAGGCGCUAGAAUUUGCGCAAGAUGAGUUGGCACCACGUGGUGAAGAAAACCCAGAAUUUCUUGAAGAACUAGAACGCACAAUGGCAUUACUGGCAUUUGAAGAUACCAGUCAAUCACCAGUCGGCUAUCUUUUACAUCCUGCACAACGACAGCGAACCGCUAGCGAAUUAAACGCGGCGAUUUUAACGUCACAAAGUCAGGAUAAAGAUCCGAAAUUACCAAGUUUAUUGAAAAUGCUCGUUUGGGCACAAAAUCAACUUGAUGAGAAGUUGUCGUUUCCUCAAAUAAGGAAUCUCGCGACAGCUGAAUUGGUUGAGGGAACAACACCAGCAUCAAAUGCAUCCCCUUCUACGUCUAAUAAUAAUAAUACGAGUACCUCAUCUAUCAUUUCCUUUCCUCCGUCGUUAUCUUCUACAUGA